AUGAAGUACUUCCACAUAGAUAAUAAUCCCUCUGCAAAGAAGAUGAAAAUUGAGCUCACGAAAAUCAGGGAAGAUUUCAAGAUGUCGGAAUCAGAUUGUGGUUCUGCACGUGUGCAAGUUGCUCAGCUCACUACUAAAAUUAAGCAUCUAUCGUCUUCUCUGCACAAAAAGGACAAGCAUUCACGGAAGGGACUUUUUGCUAUGGUUCAGAAAUGGAAGAAGCUACUGAAAUAUCUAAGACGAACUGACUGGGAUUCUUACUGCCUUUUCCUGUCAAAACUCAGCCUUCGUGACAACCCGGAUUACAAGUUCUAA